AUGCCGACCCCCAUCGGCAUUAGUCCGCAUUGGAGCAUUUACUGUACGGACAGAUGCGGAGUCAUGUGGAAACCAAUCCGAGUGUACGUGGUGUGGUACGGUUACUUCUCCGAGUCGCAGAAGCAGCUCGUCCGUACGCUCACCAGGUCGUUCAGUCCGAGUGACGACCCUGCCGUUACAGUUCCCCUCUGGUGGAACAUCAACCGGCUGUACUACGACCAGCAGGGGCGUUUCAUCUCGGCAAAUGUAACGUGGGUCAAGGAAAAAGAUGACCUUGGGUAUUCCCGAGGGAAAACAUUGUGGCUGGAUGACGUGGAAGCGGUGGUCGCCACAGCCAUUGCUACGAGCGAGCUGCCUUAUGACGAGGAUGGAGUGUACUUCGUGCUCUCGGACCAAUACGUGAACCAGAAGUCGGGCUCUUUGGGAAAUUUUCAAAAGUCGUGCUUCUGCAAGCCCGGCGAGGUUUCUAGCAGAGCCACCUCUUCCCGUCGCACCCCACCCAUCCCUCCCCAGUGCCCCACGUCGUGCAUCGCUAGUGACAUCCGCACGGCCAGCAAGGCACCGAACAGAGACGUGGGCAUGGAUGCCUUGCUGUCGGUGUAUGCGCACGAGCUGGCAGAGGCUGCGUCUUCGCCGUUCGUGAGCACAUGGUUUGAUGACAAGGGCGAGGAGAACGCUGACAAGUUCAACCCAAUUCUCACGGACUCAUCAGGAGGCAAAUACAACCUGGUGGGGGUCAACGGCUUUAAGUUCCUCAUUCAGCAAAACUGGGAUCUCACCACUGGCACCUGCCAGCUCACCAUGCCCUACCCCCCUGCCCCUCCUCCCCCCCCCUCCCCUCCCUCCCCUCCUCCGCCUCCUUCCCCGCCUCCCUCCCCCCCUCCUCCACCCUCUCCCCCGCCGUCGCCCCCCCCAUCUCCUCCCCCACCUCCAAGCCCUCCCCCUCCCUCUCCUCCCCCCCCAUCGCCGCCUCCCCCAUCUCCCCCUCCUCCCUCUCCACCUCCCCCCCCUCCCUCGCCUCCUCCUCCCCCCUCGCCCCCGUCCCCUCCUCCUUCCCCUCCUCCACCCCCUCCGCCCCCUCGUAUGCGCUCUGUUCCCCCUCAGCGGCCCCCCAAGGGCGUGGGGGAAUAUGUGCAGCGGCUAUUCAAGAGACUCUUUCCGAAUGGCCGAUAA